AUGUCCAGCACCGUUCAUGUCAAGGGGAUCAGCGGAUCGACCAGCGAGAAAGAGGUCCGCGAUUUCUUCAGCUUUUGCGGCAAGAUCCAGUCCCUUUCAGUCACUCCCGAGAACGACUCCUCCAGCGCACCCCAAUCGGCAACCGUCACGUUCGAGAAAGAGACCGCCGCCAAGACUGCUCUCCUCCUUGACAACACCCAGCUCGGGCCGAACCAGGUCCAUGUCUCUUCCGCUGCUUCGCUUGGUCAAAUGUCUGGGGCCAGCAAGGCCACUGGUAGCUCAUCUGACGACAACGAGGAUCUUGCCCAGGAGGAUAAGCCCCGCUCGCGUAUCAUGGCCGAGUAUCUCGCACACGGAUACGUCAUGAGCGAUCAAGUCGUCCAGCGUGCCAUCGCCGCCGACCAGCAGCACGGCAUCAGCAAUCGCUUCAUGACUGCUCUGAACCAGUUCGAUCAGAAGACCAAGGCUUCCGAGCGCGCACAGGCCGUCGACAAGCAGUACGGCAUCUCUGCUCGUGCUGAUGCUGGCUGGCGUGGGUUGACAUCCUACUUCGAGAAGGCUGCUGGCACACCGACUGGCCAGAAGCUGCGCGUAUUUUACGAGCAGGGCCAGAAGCAGGUUUUGGAUGUGCACAACGAGGCCAAGCAUCUUGCGGCGCUCAAGACCGGCAACAACCCCCAGUCUACUUCAGGCACCAAGCCAACAGCGGAGGAGGCUGAGAUGGAGAAGGUCGAUGUUGAUGGCAAGGAGAGGACGAAGUGCAACUGUGGUGGUGCUGAUGGCAAGUGCCCUUGCGAGCCCGGCAAGUGCGCUUGCAGUGGUUGCUCCAAGGCUUCGUAA